UUUAAAAGUAUAUAUUUUUGUUUAGUUUAAAUCUAUCAAGAUUAAUAUGAAAGAGUUACCCUUGUUAUGUGACAAUGUUACUUUUGGAAGUGAGAAGAAGCUGUACUAACUAGUAACUAGGGUUCAGUCACAGUCACAGUCACAGUCCCACCAAUGAGCUUGUCUCUUAUUCAGGGCUACUCUUCCGGUGAAGAUGAACCCCAACAACCCCACAUCCACGAUUCCGACACCGAAGAAGAAGACGACGCUGACACCGCCGAACCCUCAUCCACUUCCCAUCCAUCAUUAGGAGAUAGAUCCAUAUUCGACCACCUUCCCCCACCUCCUUCUGCUUCCGGUCUUCCUUCUGCAUUCGACGCUUUCUCCGAAAUUCCAGGACCACCUCAAUUUCUGAACAAUAGCGUGGUGGAAUACAACCCAGCGAAAGAUGCUGAUCAACGUGGAGGAGGCUCAAGGAGGCAUCGCAAAGAGAAGAAGGAUUUACCCACUGGUGCGGUGGUAGAGGCAAAAGCUCAACUAGUAGGAAUUCAUGAGCGAGUAAGAAGUGACAUUAAUGGUGGCCAACCACCAACAUCAGCUGCCUUGAGCACAUCAGAAGCCGACAAGCGAGUGCCAACUGCAACCAAUCCUAACGCAGAAGAUGCUGCAGAGCUUUUGAGAAUGUGCUUGCAGUGUGGAAUUCCCAAGACCUACUCCAGUGCACGAGGAAUGGUCUGUCCUGUAUGCGGUGAUCGUCCUCCACAAGAUGCAAGUGCAGAGUCUAAGAAGAAAGGAUCAACUAUCAAAGACAAGGAAAAAUCUAAAAGGAUGAAGGGCCAAUCAUCUCAUGCAAGUUGGAAAAGUGAAACAGAGAUGCAGUUAAGGCAACACUUUGAUUAGCAUUAUCUGUGUGUUUCCUUUGUAUAAUGUGCCAACAAGUUUGGGACUAUGCUGUUAAAUUAGCGAAGUUUGUUGUUAAUGAUGUCAACGGAAGUAAAAAUCUACUACAUAUGACUGACUUAAAGAUUACAAUUUUUUAAGUAGUGAAUGAAGUUAGAUUUUUGUUGUUGCUCUC